UUAUUAUUAUUAAUUUUGUUAAAGGUAAGACAAGGUAUGAAAAUCAGCCAGCCUCCAGACAUAGAUGUUCCAGCUAAUUUUGGACAAUCAACUUUCUAUUAUAUCAUCGAUCCUAUAAAAUCUUCUUCUCAAAGAGAGGAUGUUUUAGAUAAUGGCAUCACUGCUCAUCAUGUUUCUUAUAAAAAGAGUGAAACCGAAACUGAAACUCUCAUUAUCAUUGCUAUCAUAUCAACAGUUGUUUUCUUAAUUGUAUUAGCAAUUCUGAUAGCAAUUGCUUUAUCAAGAAAAGAUAAAGAUGAAAAACCUAAACAAUCUAUAAUCAAUCAAGCGUUUUUCAAUAUGAUUUAUGCUCUAACUGGCAAAAAACAAGAAAGUAAAGUUAAUGAUGAAAAGAAAGAAGUGCAAUUAGCCAUACAGACAAUAGAAGCACAGUAUGAGAGCAUAAAACAAAAAGAAAAAGAAGCAGAAGCCAAUUGUCCAUCAGAAACUUCAACAUUUUACACAAAUGUUAACGAAACUGAACAAGAAAAAGAAAAAUGCUAAUCACAAGAUAUUUAAAACAUUUAUGAACUAACAAAUAUUUAAUAAAAAAAAAUAAAUAAAUAUUUGAUCAAAGAAUAUAUUUUAUAUGUUCAAUUUAACCAAGUUUCUCAAAUAGAUGAAUAUCUCAUGAUAGUUUUACAUUCCACACAAAUCAGAUAUACUGUAUAAAAUAUGCUUCCACACUUUUUAUCUGACUGUUUAAAUGGUCUUUUAAUAAAUUUCUAUGGAGAGGUAAUCAAUUUUUAAAGUGUUUACAAUAAGAUUAUGCCUUUGUUAACUAUUGACAAUGUAUGAUGAUAAAUCGUAAAAGUAUAUAUGUAUAAUUUUGAGAAAAAUGUAGACACCGAAGUACUAUAGUUACAGUAGAUAUCUGUAUUGAUCUAGUUAGAGGUUCUUUUAUGCAAAUUUUGUUUUCACUUGUAAUUUUUAUACAAAUAUUUUCAAUUAAAAUCUUAAAAGUAGAAACUAUAGUUUCUAUCAUCAUAUCAAUAUACAUAUAUAUAUAUAUAUUACAAUU